UGGCGAUGGAGCUGAGUUGGAGCAGAGAAGUUUGAGUAAGAGAUAAGGAAGAGAGGUGCCCGAGCCGCGUCGAGUCCGCCGCCGCCGCAGCGCCUCUGCUCCGCCAACUCCGCCGGCUUAAACUGGACUCCCAGCUCCGCGAGGGCGCGGCGCAGCCGGGCAGCGGCUCUCUCAGCCUUGGCAACCCCAGGGGCCACUAUUUCCCACUUAGCCACAGCUCCAGCAUCCUCUCUGAGGGCUGUUCACCAACUGUACAACCACCAUUUCACUGUGGACAUUACUCCCUCUUACAGAUAUGGGAGACAUGGGCGAUCCACCAAAAAAAAAACGUCUGAUUUCCCUAUGUGUUGGUUGCGGCAAUCAAAUUCACGAUCAGUAUAUUCUGAGGGUUUCUCCGGAUUUGGAAUGGCAUGCAGCAUGUUUGAAAUGUGCAGAGUGUAAUCAGUAUUUGGAUGAGAGCUGUACCUGCUUUGUUAGAGAUGGGAAAACCUACUGUAAAAGGGAUUAUAUCAGGUUGUACGGGAUCAAAUGCGCCAAGUGCAGCAUCGGCUUCAGCAAGAACGACUUCGUGAUGCGCGCCCGCUCCAAGGUGUACCACAUCGAGUGUUUCCGCUGCGUGGCUUGCAGCCGUCAGCUCAUCCCUGGGGAUGAGUUCGCGCUUCGGGAGGACGGGCUCUUCUGCCGUGCAGACCACGACGUGGUGGAGAGGGCCAGCCUGGGCGCCGGUGAUCCGCUCAGCCCUCUGCACCCGGCGCGGCCGCUGCAAAUGGCAGCCGAGCCCAUCUCUGCCCGGCAACCGGCCCUGCGGCCCCAUGUCCACAAGCAGCCCGAGAAGACCACCCGCGUUCGGACUGUGCUGAACGAGAAGCAGCUGCACACCUUGCGGACCUGCUAUGCCGCCAACCCCCGGCCAGACGCGCUCAUGAAGGAGCAACUGGUGGAGAUGACAGGCCUCAGUCCCCGCGUGAUCCGGGUCUGGUUUCAAAACAAGCGGUGCAAGGACAAGAAGCGGAGCAUCAUGAUGAAGCAGCUCCAGCAGCAGCAGCCCAAUGACAAAACUAAUAUCCAGGGGAUGACAGGAACUCCCAUGGUGGCUGCCAGUCCAGAGAGACACGAUGGUGGCUUACAGGCAAACCCAGUGGAGGUGCAAAGUUACCAGCCGCCUUGGAAAGUACUGAGUGACUUCGCCUUGCAGAGUGACAUAGAUCAGCCUGCUUUUCAGCAACUGGUGAAUUUUUCAGAAGGAGGACCGGGCUCUAAUUCCACUGGCAGUGAAGUGGCGUCGAUGUCCUCUCAGCUCCCAGAUACACCUAACAGCAUGGUAGCCAGUCCUAUUGAGGCAUGAGGAACAUUCAUUCAGAUGUAUUUUUUUUUCCCUGGAGAAAGUGGGAAAGUAUAAUGUUGAACUCCGAAACAAAAGUAUUUAACGACCCAGUCAAUGAAAACUGAAUCGAGAAAUGAAUGCUCCAUGAAAUGCACGAAGUCUGUUUUAAUGACAAGGUGAUAUGGUAGCAACACUGUGAAGACAAUCAUGGGAUUUUACUAGAAUUAAACAACAAACAAAACCCAAACCCAACAUACGCUAUCCAAUGACCUUAGGAGUACUGAAAAAAAAAAAGACGUUUUUAAAACGUAGAGGAUUUAUAUUCAAGGAUCUCAAAAAAAGCAUUUUCAUUUCACUGCACAGCUAGAGAAAAGCAGAAAUAGAGAUUUUCUAGUCCAUCCUAUUCUGAAUGGUGCUGUUUCUAUAUUGGUCAUUGCCUUGCCAAACAGGAGCUCCGGCAAGUGAGCAGGAAGAGAAAACUGGCCUCCUUGGCUGAAAGUCCUUUCAGGAAGGUGGAGCUGCGUUGGUUUGCGAUGUUUUUCGUUGACUUUAACAAGGGGUUAAUUGAAAUCCUGGGUCUCUUAGCAUGUCCUGUAGCUGGUUUCUUUUUUACUUUUGCCCCUCCAACCUUCUUCUUCUU